AUGAGGUUUACGCAUCCUUUGUUGGAAAUUAACGUUCCCUUCCAGUACCAGAUACAUGAUGGAGAAACUGAUUCCAAGUUAAAUAUAUCUGCCACUACCAAUGUUAGAAAUGAUAAUGAUGGAGUGGUAAACAAGGGCUAUGGUAAGAGGAGGAUUAGUGGUCAAAGUGAAGAGAGAGAUGGCAGGAAAAGGUACAGGAUGAGCGAUUUGUCUGCGGGACAGAAGUACGUCGGUUCAGGUGCUAUGGUGGUGACGCCAUCCGAUACUGCAGCCCAUGAAAACGUGCAAGGUAGCAGUGAUGGUGGCUAUUCUUUGCAGUCACUGAGAAGUCCAGGUGAAGAUGGUGGUAAUGAUACUGAAGACUCUGAGGAAAAAGAAACUGGUACACAACCAGUGAUACUUUUAUCUGCGGCUCAACAAGUACUGGGUGGUGGUCAUGGAUGUGAAGGUACAGACCAGGCGGCAAGCGCCCCCAUGACGGUACCGGCGGCAGCAUCUCAACCACAACCACAACCACAACCACAACAGCAACAACAACAGUGUGAAGCUAACGGUAGUGACGUUAGUGCGGUGGAAGAAACUUUACCCUUGUCUCCCUUAGCGUCACCUGGAUUAAGUGCCUCCUGCGAGCAGGAAGAUCAAGUUGAAGAAGUGGUGAAAGAUAACAAUAUCAAUAGCCAUAGUGGUAAUAAUAUUGCAGUUUAUCAGGCUUAUACCAAUGAGGUUUUCAGCAUGGUUAGAAAUGAAUUACCACCACAAUGCUAUAAAAAUCUACUUUUCCAGUUAGUUUCUAAUUUAUCAAGAAAUGAACUAUCAGAUUUAGGCACUUUGAUCAAGGAUAAUUUGAAAAGGGAUUUCAUUACAUCUUUACCUCUAGAAGUUUCUUUGAAGAUUUUGACAAAGUUGCCCUUUGCUGAUAUUGUUCAAUGUCUAAGAACUUGCAAAAGUUGGAAUAAAUUGAUUGAUACAACGCCGUACUUGUGGAAACAGAUGUUAAUUUCAGAGUCCUUUGUCUCUAAGGAUAGGUUCACCAAAUAUUCCCAAACGCUUUUAACCAAAUAUCCACAUAUUAAAAAAGAAGAAGAUGGAUAUCAGUUAGAUUUUUUGGAAAACUGCCGUGAACUGAAAAAUUGGUAUAAUCCUAGCUUCAUGCCCCAGAGGACAACUCUCAGGGGGCACAUGAUUAAUGUAGUUACUUGCUUACAGUUUGAAGAUGAUUAUGUGAUUACAGGUGCAGAUGACAAGGUAAUCAGAGUUUAUGAUGCUAACAAGAAACAAUUUCUUUUGGAGCUAACAGGUCAUGACGGUGGUGUUUGGGCAUUGAAAUACGAUGAAGGUGGGAUACUCGUAAGUGGAUCAACGGAUCGUAGCGUUCGUGUCUGGGAUAUAAAACGCCGCUGUUGUACCCACGUAUUUAAAGGUCAUACUUCAACCGUACGUUGUCUUGAUAUCGUCGAAUACAAAGGCGUGAAGUACAUCGUAACAGGAUCAAGAGACCAUACUUUGCAUGUCUGGAAACUGCCUCGUGAACCGGCGGUAUCAGAUCAAACUUAUCCAAUAAUUCAUAAUACACCAGAGGAAAACCCGUAUUUCGUCGGCGUACUGAGAGGUCACAUGGAUUCUGUACGUACAGUGUCAGGUCACGGUAAUAUUGUCAUCAGCGGAUCCUAUGACAAUAAUCUCAUGGUAUGGGAUAUUGCACAAAUGCAUUGUCUCUACGUUUUAUCAGGUCACUCUAACAGAAUAUAUUCCACCAUUUACGAUCAUAAGAGAUCUCGCUGUAUCUCUGCCAGUAUGGAUUCUACAAUAAAAGUCUGGGAUUUACAAAACAUUUGGAAUAACGGUACAUGCACCGUCAUACGCAAUAGUAUAACGCCUUGCACCAAGAUAACAGGGUCCAUGUCAACUCUACAGGGCCAUACAGCACUUGUAGGUCUUUUAAGACUCUCUGACAAGUUUUUAGUUAGUGGUGGCGCUGACGGAUUUCUCAGAUGUUGGGAUUCCAAUGACUACUCUCGUCGCUUCGCUUAUCACAACAUGAGCGCUAUUACUACUUUUUACUUGAGCGAUAAUCUUUUAGUCAGUGGCUCUGAGAGUCAGUUCAAUGUCUACAAUUUAAGAAGUGGUAAAUUAGUACACACUAACAUCCUAGGAGAUGCCGAUCAAAUAUGGUCGGUUAAUUUCAAAGGUCGUAUUUUGGUUGCAGCAGUUGAGAAAGACGGUCAGAGCUACGUGGAAAUACUCGACUUUGGUGCUCCACAGUCUACAAAUAUCACUACAACACCUCGCUCAGCAACUGCAACGGUAUCUUCGGAUGAUGCGUCUCCCUGGUGA